AUGAAUCGAAAUCUGAUUUCUGAUCUUGAUGUUGGAACAUUCUCGCCGCUUACCCAGCUGCAAAAAUUGGUCAUUACAAAUAACAAGCUCACACACCUACCACGCAACAUGUUUGCAUCCAACCAGUUCUUGUCAAUUCUUGUGCUUUCCGGCAACAAUCUAUCCUCAGUCCCAACUGAGACACUGACUACGCUCCAUCGGCUAGAAAAGAUUUCUCUUGCUAGCAAUUCCAUCCAGAUAGCAGAUUUCAAAGCGUUCACGUAUAUGAAUAACAUAUCGUGCAUUGAUAUAAGUGGGAAUCAGAUUUCUUCUAUUUGGGCAUUAAACUUCAAACCCCUUCGAAAUGCUUCUCUAUACAAACUGAACUUGUCGAGAAAUAAGCUGCAAAUUUUACCACAAAGGCUGUUCUCUUACAUUAAAGAAGUGGAGUAUCUUGAAAUGAAGUCCAACAGAUUACAGACAUUAUACUUGAGCUCUUUUCUAAAGACCAGAUCUCUGAAACGACUACAAAUGAGCCAUACUGAAUUAAAAGCUCCUGACCUAUUCGACAAUCAAACUCAAUCAUCGUUCUUUGACGGCCUUGUGUCUCUGGAACGACUGAAUCUCUCAGGUAACCUAUUGAGCAAUAUGUCACCCGGAGUUUUCAGGUCUCUUACUAAGCUCAAAGUACUGGAUCUGUCUCAAGCGUCUAUUGUAAUCCUAAAACCUGAGCUUUUCAAGGGCUUGGUCUCUUUGACGUCUUUGUAUCUUAAUGAGAAUAACAUCCUUAAUACUUCUGCACAAGUUUUCUCUGGGCUGGAUAAUCUUGGAUCACUUUACUUUGAGAACAGCAAAUUAGAAUUUAUAGACCCGGACACCUUCUUGAAGACUCCAAAUCUCCGUAGCCUCUUUCUAUCAGGUAAUCGAUUGACUAAAGUGCAGAACGAUACAUUCUUCCCUACCAGUAUCAAUCACACAUUAACAAUUGAUGUUUCAGCUAACCCUUUCUCCUGCACCUGUGAAUUAAGCUGGUUCAUAACUUGGCUCCAUGAAAGUAACAUCAACUUGAAACAUCCAAAUCAAACGAUAUGCUCCAGAACAUCCAUCAAAGAAGUUGUGAACUUGCGUAUCCUAAUGUUUGAUCCAGCUGACUUCUGUUUUGUCAACAGUGUCGACAGUGUCAAUAUCUUACUUAUAGUUGCGUUAUCUUUCUUUGGCGUCAUGGUUGGAUUUGUCAGCAUACUUGCAUAUAGCAAACGCUGGUGGCUCAAUCACAAACUCUUCCUUCUCAAACUAGCCAUAAUUGGUUACCAAGAAAUGGCAGAAGAGUUCGACGAAGAUAACUAUGAGUUUCAUCUAAACCUCAUGUUCCAUGAAGCGGAAGAGGAAUGGGUCGACCAGGUUCUAAAACCUGGCCUGGAGGAGAGGUUGCCACAUCUGCAGAACAUCAUCUAUGGUGACAAAGACCUACACCUUGGGAUGUACUAUGUCAACGCCAUCUUCGAUGCCAUCGACAACAGCUUCAAGACUGUCUUGUUGAUAAGCAACCAGUCUAUAGAUGACCCCUGGUGCAUGACCAAGCUCCGUAUGUCCCUGGAGCAUCUCAACGAUACAGGACUGGACAAGGUCAUCUUGAUCUUCCUGGAGGACAUCGAUGAUGAUCACCUACCGUACCUUGUAAGGUUGUUCAUGAGUAGGAACAAACCUUACAUGUUGUGGACAGAGAAUGAAGAUGGACAGGAAUUAUUUUGGGCUCAGUUUGAGAAAAGCAUGAGAGCAAAUAGGGCUAUAAACAAUAUCAUUCCAGUUUAG